UCGUCCCGCGGCAGUGUCCGCCAGACUGCCGAGCGCGCCGGGCCUCCCGCUUCCCCGCGCCUCGCUCGGCCACGCCGCGUCCCGUGAUCGAACCAUACAAAACCUCUAGUUAACAUCCGUCGCGAGUGCAUUAUGACACUAGUGAGCUAGCGGGCCGCUGUGACGGUGUCAAAUAAUUGAUGUGUAUGUGUUCACGUGCUAGUGUGUUGUGUUAGGUUGGGCCCGUGACGAAAAACGUUCGUGGUGGCCAGCGGAGCCUUGCACCCGGGCUCGGGCCGAGCUUUCAUGGCUCAGCCUAGGUACGACGAAGGCCUCCACGGCGGAGGCUACAUGGAGGGCGGCGCGAUGUACCACGAACACAGACUGUCUCACCCCCACUUACCGCCAGUCCACUAUCCCCCUCCCGCGGCCCCUGCGCACGCGCUGCCCGGCGAGCCCCUCGUCCACAAGAGAGACAAAGACGCUAUUUACGGGCACCCACUGUUCCCCCUGCUGGCGCUGAUCUUCGAGAAGUGCGAGUUGGCCACAUGUACCCCCCGAGACCCUGGCGUGGCGGGGGGUGACGUGUGUUCAUCAGAAUCCUUCAAUGAAGACAUUGCAGUUUUCAGUAAACAGAUACGUCAAGAGAAACCUUACUACAUAGCGGACCCUGAGGUCGACUCAUUAAUGGUGCAAGCGAUACAAGUUCUACGGUUUCAUCUAUUAGAAUUAGAAAAAGUACACGAGCUGUGUGACAACUUCUGCCACCGCUACAUCAGCUGCCUGAAGGGCAAGAUGCCAAUAGACCUGGUGAUCGACGAGCGGGAGUCAACGCGCCCGCCCGACACCAACGGAGAGCCGCGCUCCGCCCCCGACAGCAGCCACGACGGAGCCUCCACCCCCGAUGUCAGACCGCCAUCAUCGUCCUUGUCAUACGGAGGAGCGGUGAACGAUGACGUUCGUUCUCCUGGCUCCGGAGGCACUCCUGGACCUCUCAGCCAGCCCCCGCCGCAGACACUCGACGCGACAGAUCCAGAUGCGAUGGGCAAAUGGUGCCCAUCGCGGCGUGAAUGGUCAUCCCCUCCCGACGUAGCGCGGCGGGUCUACUCCUCAGUGUUCCUGGGCAGUCCGGGUGAGUACCCAGGUGACGCGAGCAACGCGAGUAUCGGCUCUGGAGAAGGUACUGGCGAGGAAGACGAUGACACCAACGGCAAGAAGAACCAGAAGAAAAGAGGCAUCUUCCCGAAGGUGGCCACCAAUAUCCUCAGAGCGUGGCUGUUUCAGCACUUAACGCACCCGUACCCUUCGGAAGACCAAAAGAAACAAUUAGCACAAGAUACAGGGUUAACGAUACUACAAGUUAAUAAUUGGUUUAUCAACGCGAGACGUAGGAUAGUGCAGCCAAUGAUAGACCAGUCAAAUAGAGCAGUGUUCUAUCCGUCAGUAUUCCCGCACGCCGGCCCCAGCGGCGCGUACAGUCCGGAGGCGACAAUGGGCUACAUGAUGGACGGCCAGCAGAUGAUGCACAGGCCACCCACGGACCCUGCCUUCCACCAGGGUUACGCACACUAUCCAGCGGAGUAUUACGGCCACCACCUCUAAUGCAACCUGCAUUCUUGUACAUAUAUGAAUAAUGUUGACAUCGCUCGGGCAUAGGGCCAUCCGCGAGCCACCGCCGCUCUCGCUGGGGCCGACCAACGCCUUAUGUGAUACUAUCACGUGAUAACUACAGGAGAACGAUGCUACAUGUACAUAAAAAAACUAAACUAAAAAAAACGCGACACUUUUGUAAUAUUUGAAACAGUAUACGAUCUCCUAAAAUUAAGUUUUGAAGUCAACUUUAAUGGUUAUAGUAAAAAUGUAAAUGUUAUACGCGAAGUGACAUGGACGCUGAAACAAACGGUAUACAAAACGGUCUUAUCACACGGAACAAUAGGAGCAAAGUUGAUGAAUGUAACAAUAAUGUGGUUUGAUAGUUAUCCUAUAAAUAUUUAUAGCUAAUUGUGUAUUGUUAUUACGUAAAAUAUAAAUAAAUAAUUGAAUAGUUGUGUAAGUUGUAACUAUCACAGUGGGUCGCUGUCGACAGAAGUGUAAUAUGGGACUUUUUGUAAAGGACUUGUAUUAAUAGGUUUUAGGUUUUCGAAGCAAGUUUCUUUGUUACGAAGGAGCGGGAGACUCCUGUCUUGUAUUUACCUGUAAAUUGCGUUUACGUGUUGCGUCUGUUACCUACCAACUAAUUUAUUAAAUGUAAUUAUCAAGCUCAAAUUGUACAUCUAUUACGAAUGUCAAUUUCUUGAAUAUUAAUUGUCCGCGUUUAAUUUACAGCAAACAUUUUGAAUACAUAUCUUUGAAUUAUAUAUUUAUUGUAAUGAUAUUGUAUCGAAUAUCGUUUCUCACCUUGCCUUGGUGUUCGAUAGUGUAGCACAAUUUGUAACCGAUGUAUACGAAUCACAAAAUGAUAUUUUACAAUGUUAAAAAAUGAGAUUUUUAGGUCUAUUUUUUGUCUUGUGGAUGAUACCUGAUAUUGAUUGCCUUCUAUGUUACCAGGAGACCAUACACAUGCAGGUGGGCAGAUUAAAAAACAAGUUGAAAACGCGAAAUGGCCAAGUUCGAGAGGACGAACGAGUCCGUUGUUUAUGUUUUUAAUCUGUGCAUCUCUCACACAUAUAAUAUUUAUAAUUGUGUGAUUUUCACGACUGAUGAGAAUCUGUGAGCUUCUCCUAGUUUACAAAUACUCCGUGGUGUGGAAAUAAAGUUUUCGAAUAAAUUGUGAACGUAUUGUAAAAUGUAACAAAUCGGAGUCGCCACGGAAGACGUAACUGUGAGUGUUAAUUGUAAAGUUAAUGAUGUUUUUCAUGUCAUUAUUUAUGAACGAACGGUGAUGCUGAGUUUUAUCUAAAGUAUAAUCACUGUUAUAUAAAAUAAUAUAUUGAUAAAACAUCAAAAUAGUUGAAUUAGUAAAGUGUAAAGAUGAACUAUGAAAAUAUCAAAAAUGUAUACGAAUGUAAUGUGAAGAUGUUAUCGCUCACAGUGCGAUGUAGUUAACGAGUUUUCCAAGAAAUUAUGUCACGUGAACCACUUUAUAGUAAUGCGUCGCAUUACAGCCUUAUGUCAUGUAUACGAACGGGAGAUUUAAUGUCAUCAUUGGUCCUAGCUACGAUACUUUGAUAGCAGACUAAGUUAUCCGAGAACAAGCUUUAUUCUAGGCUAAUUAAGACCACCAUAUUGUCUUGUAAAUUGCAAUACGACUGUUUGUGGCGUUAUUUAAAAAUAUAUAAAUAUAUCUAAUAAUAAUUAGCAUCUAUGUUUCAUUUUGUCAAUACCUGUUAGCGAAAUAAUUGAAGAUUUUAUCUGUUCGUUUUAUUGAUACGAAUUUUUAAAAUGGAAUAGUAAGGGUCCCUGGAUAUUUCGGACAGUCGUAUCGCAACUUAGCGUCUCACAUAGAACCAAGUUUGUUAACUUUUGUAAAUAAUUAAUCAUCAAAUUAUUAUUAUUAUUAUACAUACGUCAUUUUUACUUUGUAUAAAUACGUUUUUCCCAAUGAAGUCUCAGUAUUAAAUAAAUUGGAAAGAAAAUAUUUUUUUUCUCUUGCAACACCGGACUUUGUUGACACACAAAUAUUAUUGUUAUUUGCAUUGCGUGUAAUAUAUUUUUAUUAAGAGGAAAAUCUUAAAUAGUAGUUAUUAGGUAUUAAUGUAUUAAUUGAAGAAUUUUAUUUUGAUUUUUCUCUUUAUUAUAUAUGUAUAUGUACAUUAUAUAUAAUGAUUUGAAAGUCAUCAAGUUGUUGUAAAUAUAGCUACUAAAAUGGUGAACAUGGGCGCGUCUGUCAGCGGUAUAAUUUCAUUACGAUGGAAACAAAUUAAUUAUAUAUUUGUAUUGUAUAAUUUCGGCGAGGUACAUAAUGUGAAUGAAGAUAUACGAUAAAUAGUGAACUGGUUUAUAUAUAAAUAUAAAUGAAUAAUAAACAGCUGACGCUGACGGGCCGUUGUGGACGAAAUCUGACGAAACUGUGUCGGCGGCAUUAUGAAUGCUACGAAUUGUGUAAAAAAUAUUAAAACC